AUGGCUGAGACAGAAACCGAUAAUAACAGUAUUAUUAGAUCCGAAAGAAAUAAUAGGAAUACAGUGCCUGCCAAUGGACCCCGUCGCGUUACUAUCUAUAAAACUGAGACUGGAUUUGGUUUUAACGUGCGCGGUCAAGUGUCUGAAGGGGGGCAGUUGAGAUCGAUUAACGGUGAACUUUAUGCUCCUCUGCAGCAUGUCAGCGCUGUGCUGGAGAAUGGGGCGGCUGAGCAAGCUGGCAUCAGGAAGGGCGACCGUAUACUUGAAGUCAAUGGCGUCAACGUCGAAGGGUCCACACACAGACAAGUGGUGGACCUCAUCAAGUCUGGAGGCGACUGUCUCACUCUCACCGUCAUCUCUGUCACGCAAAGAGAAGCAGAACGCCUAGAGCCAUGCGACGACGGUUCAGCGCCUGUGGGCGUCAUCGGCGGUGCGGCCAACUCCCGCGCCACAGUGUACCAACGUUACGACUACACCGACAAACGUUCCCUCCCUGUAUCCAUCCCGGACUAUCGUAUAGUGAUGGAGAGGAAUACAGGGAGGUCGUACGUUGCCUUCAACGUACACAUGGCAGGCAGACACCUAUGUAGCAGACGGUACAGAGAAUUCGCGGCGUUACAUCACACUCUUAGAAAGGAAUUUUUAGGUUUCAACUUCCCUAAACUACCGGGCAAAUGGCCGUUCACAUUAAGUGAGCAACAGUUGGAUGGCAGGAGGAGAGGACUUGAACAGUAUUUAGAAAAGGUAUGCGCAGUCCGAGUGAUAGCAGAAUCAGAUGCUGUCCAAGAAUUCCUAACAGAUUCGGAUGACUCCUCAAACCCCACCCCAGUAGACUUGAAGGUCCUGCUCCCUGACAAGGAGGUGGUCACAGUCAGUGUCCUCAAGUCUACGAACGCUGAUGACGUGUACAGAGCCGUUUGUGAAAAGAUUGGAUUAUCGAAGUCGGUGCAGAAAUAUUUCUAUUUAUUCGAGAUCGUUGAGUAUAACUUUGAACGUAAACUCCAACCGAACGAGUGUCCUCACUCGCUAUACAUACAGAACUACUCGACGGCUUCCAGCAGUUGUCUCUCAAUACGCAAAUGGCUGUUCAACCCUCGCACUGAAAUAUCUGUCGUCGCUGAGGAUUCUACCGCCGCCGCGUUUAUAUUUUGGCAGGCUGUAGAAGACGUGAACCGCGGAGUAUGUGUGGCAGGAGCGCGGCUGUAUCAAUUAAAAGCAUUGCAAGACGUUAGAAGGGCGGCGGACUAUCUGUCCUUGGCGCGCAGCCUGCCGGGGUACGGCCACGUGUCGUUCCCGGCGGCCGCAGCGGAGCGGUCGGAGUGCCGCGCCGGCACCGCGCUGUGCGUGCUGCUGGGCUGGCCCGGCCUGGCGCUGCAGCCGCCCGACGCCGAGGGCCCGCGCCCCGCCGCGCCCGCCGCCGACAUACCGUGGAGGAACGUCAGGGACUGGCGCGCUGAUGACGAGGCCGCCGCCGCACGUAUCACGUAUACUAGAAAUGACAAUCACACUCGUACCCUCACACUCUAUACGCCAUAUUACCAAUUCUUAUGCAACUGCAUGGACAGAAUAGCCGAAGAAGCAAACUGGGUAGACACUGGGGAAUAA